CCGAUGAUAAGGAGUUUCUGUUUGAUGUAGAGGUGAAUGGGCAACCAUUAGAGGCUCUAGAGGUAUUUCCUUCUUGAUGACUCCCUGAUUUUCCCUGUUUCAAUGAACCUCUGUUCUUCAAGAAAAGAACCCAAGACCCCUAGCAGAGAUCCUGCUGCUUAUGAGACUCUUCAGACACAAAAGACACUUACUUCAGGAAGCAGUGUGGUCUAGUGGAAAGAGCACAGCCGGGGAGUCAGAAGACUCUGGUUUUACACCAGCUCUGCCACCAUGUCAACAAAAAUAAUACUUUGUUCUUAAGGUAUCUUUGGUUUUCUCUGACUCAGGAAAUCACUAUUCUUCAAAAAAAGAAGCCAAACCCUCUCAAAGAUCCCACUGCCUAACAGUCUCUUCAGAAACAAGAACCAUUCACAUCUGGAAGUAGGAUAACCUAGUAGAAAGAGCAUGGCCUUGGGACUCAGGCGAUCCUGGUUUUAGUUCCAGCUUUGAAACCGGCCAGCUGUGUAUCCUUGGAGAGUAGAGCCCUGGAGAGUUUGUGGAGUUCUGCCUGCACCAGGUGACCCCACCCUGGUGGUCACGGAGCAACAGGACAGCCUGACUGACACCCAAAUUCAACUCACAAGUUGCAAUUCCUGUUCAUCAGUUUCCCUCUCUUUCUUCCAUCUGCCUCUGGUGAGUUCUGCCAGUGAGUGAUAAGAUGUUCAAAUGCCGCCUUUCUAUCAGAGGGUGGUGCCCAUUAGAGUCAAGAUCUGGAACUGAUCCUGCAAAAGGAACUUCAGGCCCUGGUAGAGUGAGCCUGGCCAACAUCAAAUAACAGAGAAUCUGCCCUGCUGAUGGGGCUUCUGUCUGUGAAGCCUGAGGGAGGAGUCGAACAGGUUAGCGUCCUGCAAUUGGGAAUGUCCAAGAAAACCCGGCAGAGGGGCCAGGCCCUGACCCUGCCAUUCAUGUCAGAGUGAAGAACAGAUCCAGGUUCUAUUCUUGAAUUAUCCUAAGGGAAAAAGACUUGAUGAAGAAGAUGGUGGGUUUCCCAGAAUUCUUCACAUCCAAGUCCCUCAUCCUCCUCCUCUUCUUUCUCCAACUGCUCACCCUCGGCUCAGCUCAGUUUUCUGUGAUUGGACCUGCGGAGCCUAUCCUGGCCCUGGAGGGGAAAGAUGUUGAGUUACCUUGUCACCUGAAGCCCAAGAUGAAUGCUGAGUCUAUGGAGGUGAGGUGGUUCCGAUCCCAACCCUCUGACAUUGUGCACCUGUAUGAGAACAGAAAGGACCGGUUUCAACAGCAGAUGGAAGAGUAUCAUAAGAGGACAAAGUUGGUGACUGAAACCAUGGAUUAUGGGAGUGUGGCUGUGAGAGUAUACAAUGUCACAGUCUCAGAUGAGGGACAGUAUCGCUGUUCUUUCUAUAAUGGUCAAGUGAGUGAAGUUGCCACUCUGGAGCUUCAGGUGGUUGCUCCACUCUUCCCGAUGGCUUUGUCCUUGAUGGUGGCCCUCGGUGUGACCAUCCCUCUGUUAGGACUGCUCAUCGCUGGGGGUCUUUAUCUCAUCUGGAAACAGAACAGGUACAAAGGUAAAGAGCAAGAAUAUUCCUGUGACAUGUCCAUCAUUGCAGGGAAAUCAGGGAGGCAAAUUGUGGAGGUGGAGGGCAGACAGACAAGUUAGAGGUCAGUGGUCCCAACUGCCCAGGGAAGGCACCAACCCACAGUUCCACCCUCUCACCAAUGACCCACAACUGGACAUUCCAUUUCCCCCCAGAAAAAGGACAGAAUGAUCUUGUGUCUGUGCCAACUGUCACAUAUGGGAGAGGGAAGACCAUAGAGAGUAAACACCCCAUCUCUUACCUCUCCAGUUCAGACCAAAGCCCACCACUCCCUAUCCCCAUCCUGCCAUCCAGUUCCUUGAGUGCAACCACAAUCCCAGCAGAGCAGUGAGAUCAGAGUUCUGGAAGAUACUGGCUGAUAAUCAACCAGCUUUUCCUGGAGAUUCCAGGGACAAUAGUGAUCAUUCAGGAACCAUGGAUCAUUCCCUGGGCAGUGGGGAUACUGUCCAUGGGGCCAUUUCCUCUGCUGUAUAUUCCAGAAAUAGACUCCUCCUAUUCCAACACCUCUCCUCUCAGUCCAACCCAAGUUUUCCAAUCUGGAGGGUACCUGACUUAUUUCUGUUCCU